CGAAAAAUUAUUCCAAGCUCGAUUGAAAAAUGAAUAAGUCACGUAGAAACAAGUACAACUUACCUUUUGGGAAAGCCUCUAGAACUGCCACAAGAAGUAAUCGAAAUCCCACGGUACAAACUGGAGAUAAAAAUGAUUCUGUUCAUCUUAAUGAUGGACAAUGUAGUAAUGCAACUUUCAUUGGAAAGCCAGUGGUCGCAGAUGCCUAUCAAAAGGAUGUGUUUCCAGAAAAGAAGUUGGGUGAUAAUGAUGGCAGUGGCAAUGAUGCUUUUCCCUUCAUACAAGGUGUCUCCCAUAGUCAACUUCCACACCCAAAUCAGUUAUUACAAGCAAGAAAACGAAAGAAAAAUACAGUUCAAGAGAAAGAGAAAGGUUUUCCCAAUAUCAACAGUCAUCUUUAUGAAGUGAAGUCAAAGUUUGCCAGAACAGUAAGUGAGGGUGACAGGGAAACUCCAGCUGUACCCCACUAUAAGUACUUGGAAUCUGAUGUAAAAGAAAAUUUACCAGAUUAUAAGAAAGAAACCCAUAGAUCAACAGAACUUAAACUAUCAGCAUUGACUUCAAAGAAAUUUGAAGAAAAAUUAAAUCCACCAAUGCAAUCCAUAAGCCCUUCCUCUCUCCCUGAGAAUGACUACACAUCAGAGGUCCACCUUUUGAGCACCUCUACAAGUGAUGAUCAUCCAUCUGGGACCGCUGUGGUGGAAUCCUGGGAGGAAGUGGAAGAGGUCAUUCACAAACGCUGGAAGCGUAAACACUGGCUGUCUCUUCCUGGGGAGAGUCAUCUUCCAGAGCAAUGACAGUUCCCCAUGUCUCGAGUCUUACUAUCAAUAUGACCAAUGAAUUUAAACCCAAUAUGCAAUAUGCCUAUAUUUUUUUUUAACCUCUGUCUCCACUUAACACUAUAUAUCCUUCUUUGUUUAAUUUUUCACCAAAUAAAAUAUCAAACA